AUGUUGCGCAACGCAGCCAAGGGCGCGCGGAAGGCUGUCACGGAGCUCUCGCAGUAUCCGAAGCCCGGUGAAAAGCUCCAUGGGUUUACUUUGCUGCGUUCAAAGCACGUUCCAGAGCUCCAGCUCACAGCCAUACAUCUUCAGCACGACAAGACAGGUGCCGACUACCUUCACAUCGCGCGUGACGACAGUAACAAUGUCUUCUCCAUCGGGUUCAAGACAAAUCCGCCAGAUGACACCGGCGUCCCGCAUAUCCUUGAGCACACGACUCUCUGCGGCAGCAAGAAGUAUCCGAUCCGCGACCCCUUCUUCAAGAUGCUGCCGAGAACUCUGUCGAAUUUCAUGAAUGCGUUCACGGCGUCGGAUCACACAUACUACCCUUUCGCCACCACCAACGAGCAAGACUUCCAGAAUCUCAUGUCUGUGUAUCUCGAUGCGACACUCAACCCGCUCCUCAAAAAAACCGACUUCACGCAGGAGGGAUGGCGCAUUGGACCCGAGAACCCAGCUGCUGUGGCAGCCGCAGGUGCCGAAGCGAAGCCCGAGGACUCAAAGCUUGUGUUCAAGGGUGUCGUCUACAACGAGAUGAAGGGCCAAAUGUCUGAUGCCGGCUACAUCUUCUAUAUUAGGUUCCAAGACCACAUCUUUCCUGACAUCAACAACUCUGGAGGCGACCCACAAAAGAUCACCGAUCUGACAUACGAGCAGCUGCGCAAGUUUCACGCGGAGCACUACCACCCGAGUAAUGCGAAGCUCUUGACGUAUGGAGACAUGCCCUUGGCCGAUCACUUGAAGGAGAUUGAUGCCCAGAUGAGCUCCUUCGAGAGGAUCCAAGCCGACAUAGCCAACAAGAGGCCAAUCACUCUUGACGACGGUCCGCGCACAGUCACCGCUCUGGGUCCCGUCGACCCUCUGGCGGAUCCUGACAAGCAGUAUAAGACUUCAGUAUCUUGGGUGACUGGGGAGACGUCCGACGUUCUGGAGUCAUUCUCGAUGGCCCUACUCUCAUCUUUACUCAUGGACGGCUAUGGGUCACCGCUGUACAAAGGUCUCAUAGAGAGUGGGCUUGGCACUGACUGGAGUCCUAACACUGGCUACGACGGCUCGGCUGUGGCCGGCAUAUUUUCCAUCGGUCUUAGUGGCGUGUCAGAAGCCAAUGUUGGGAAAGUCAAGGGUGAGGUCCAAAGGAUAUUCAAGGACGUGCGAGCCAAGGGCUUCGACCAGGGCAAGAUCGAUGGCUACCUGCACCAGCUUGAGCUGAGCUUGAAGCACAAGACUGCCAAUUUCGGGCUGUCCGUCCUACACCGGCUCAAGGGCAAGUGGUUCACCGGCACUGACCCCUUUGAUGCUCUGGCUUGGAACGAGACAGUGCAGGCGUUCCAAAGCAGGCUGGCUCAAGGUGGCUACCUUGAGGGCCUCAUGGACAAGUACCUUCUUAACGACAACACUCUCACUUUCACGAUGGCGCCAUCUCAAACUUACAGCGCCGACCUGGCUGCCGAAGAGGAGCAGCGGCUGAAUGAGAAGAUCCAGGCCGCUACGAAGGAGGCCGGCGGUGAAGAGGCGGCGCGCAAGUUUCUGGAGGAGCGUGAGCUUGAGCUGCUUGCCGAGCAAGGCAAGACCAACACAGAAGACCUGAGCUGCCUUCCCACAGUAUAUGUGAAGGACAUUCCCAGAUCCAAAGAGCCCGUGGCAGUUCGGGAUGAGGUUGUCCAGGGCUCCAAGGUGCAGUGGCGCGAAGCACCGACAAACGGGCUCACCUACUUCCGUGCCAUCAACACGUUUGAGAAUCUGCCAGAUGAGCUUCGUGCUCUCAUCCCUCUGUUCACAGACGCAAUCAUGCGACUCGGAACCAAGAACAUGUCGAUGGAGCAACUUGAAGACCUGAUCAAGCUCAAGACCGGAGGCGUAUCCGUGGGCUACCACGCUACAGCCUCUCCUACAGAUUUUCACCAAGCCUCUGAGGGCAUCGCCUUUACCGGCAUGGCUCUGGAUCGCAACGUGCCUGUCAUGUUUGACAUCAUUAGACAGCUAGUUCUCGAGACCAACUUUGAUAGUCCGGAGGCUGCCCUCCGGAUACGUCAGCUGCUCGAGGCUUCGUCAGAUGGUGUCGUGAAUGACAUUGCCUCCUCCGGGCAUGCAUACGCCCGACGAGCCGCUGAGGCGGGAUUGACCCGUAGUGCUUGGUACGGUGAACAGAUCAGUGGCUUGUCUCAGGUCAAGUUGAUCACGUCCCUGGCCGGUCGGCCCGAGACAGACCGUUACGAGGAUGUCAUUGAGAAGCUCAAACAGAUUCAGAAGCUUGCGCUCUCCGGCAACAACAUUCGCUCGGCAGUGACGUGUGGUCCUGACAGCUCGGCAGCCAACGCUUCUGCGUUGACCGACUUCCUUGCCUCACGGCCUACUCUGUCAUCAGCCUUUGCCUCUGGUUCGAAGCCUUCCUUCUCGAGGGAUAUCAAAUCGUUCUAUCCACUGCCGUACCAGGUCUACUACGGCGCACUCGCCUUGCCCACGGUAUCGUACACCUCGAAGCACGGCGCGCCGCUUCAGAUCCUCGCCCAGCUCCUGACACACAAGCACCUGCACCACGAAAUCCGUGAGAAGGGUGGUGCCUACGGAGGUGGUGCCUACAUGAAGGGCCUCGACGGCCUCUUCGGCUUCUACUCGUACCGCGACCCGAACCCGCAGAAUACGCGGUCCAUCAUGCGCAACGCUGGCCGGUGGGCUGUUGAUAAGAAAUGGAGCGACUCGGACCUCGAAGAGGCCAAAAUCUCGGUGUUCCAGAGCGUGGACGCGCCCAAGUCGGUCAACACUGAGGGCAUGGAUCGCUUCCUUUCGGGUAUUACCGACGAGAUGAAGCAGAAGCGCCGCGAGGAGAUGCUUGACGUGAGCAAAGACGACGUCCGCGAGGUCGCGCAAAAGUACCUUGUCGACGCUCUGGCCAAGGAGGAGGAGCGCGUGGUGUUCCUCGGCACCAAGCAGGACUGGGUCGACCAGACAUGGAAGGUCAAUGAGAUGAACGUCAAGGUCAACCCCGAGCAGGCCGCUGAGGAGCCGCAGGAAUAA